CGAGUUGUUUGUAUUUUUUCCCUUAUUUUCAAACUUUCGUUAAAUUAAGGAAGGGUGUUAUGGGGGGAAGAUGUGUUUUGGGCACGGGGGAUUGCCCUGGUUUGGAUCGGGCGCCGUGAGCUUUCCCGCACUGCCUGCACGAUGGCGACCAGCGGGAGGCGGCGGGCGAGUGAGGCCGAGGAGCCGGAGCCCGAAACCGCGGGCGAGUCGGUGGGGGAGGAGGAGAAGGAGGAGGAGGAGGAGAUGGAGGACUCCUCGGAGGAUGAGCAAGAAAACGAAGCCGAGAUCCAGCGGCUGGAAGAACAGCUUUCCAUCAGUGCCUAUGAUUACAAUUGUCAUGUUGAUUUAAUUAAAUUGCUACGUCAGGAGGGAGAGCUAGUGAAAUUGCAGUGUGCUCGACAGAAGAUGAGUGAGCUUUUUCCACUUACUGAAGAGCUUUGGCUGGACUGGUUGAAAGAUGAGAUUCGACUGGCAGAAGAACCACAUGACAGGGAGAAAGUUUAUGAACUGUUUGAGAAGGCCAUCAAAGAUUAUAUUUGUCCUGAGAUAUGGCUGGAAUAUGCACAGUACUCUAUCGGUGGGAUUGGCUUGCAGGGUGGUAUCGAGCGAGCUCGUGAGAUAUUUGAUCGAGCUUUAACUGCUGUUGGAUUACAUAUGACAAAAGGACUAGCAAUCUGGGAAGCCUUUAGAGAAUUUGAAAAUGCUAUUUUAGGAACUCUACAGCCCUUACCUGGCACCAUUUUGGCUCCAGAACAGCAGGAAUUGAUGAAUGCACAACUUGACCGAGUACACGCACUCUUCAAGAGGCAGCUGGCUGUCCCUUUGCUUGACAUGGAAUCCACAUAUGCUGAAUAUGAGGCAUGGGCUGAUGAGGCGCCUAAUGAAUCAAUGGUACAAUUGUACAAGAAGGCCUUGCAGCAAAUGGAAAAGCGCAAACCCUUUGAAGAAGCCCUGUUGGUAGCAGAUCCUCCAAAACUGGCAGAGUAUCAAGCUUACAUUGACUUUGAGAUGAAGGAGGGGGACCCAGCAAGGAUUCAGAUCACCUUUGAACGGGCACUAUCUGAGAACUGUUUAGUGCCAGACCUUUGGGCACGCUUCACUCUGUAUUUGGACAGGCAACUGAAGAUUAAAGAUUUGGUUCUAUCCGCACAUGAGCGAGCUGUUCGAAAUUGCCCUUGGAUAGUUGGAUUGUGGAAAAGGUAUCUUCUGGCACUGGAGCGACACCAAGUUGAACACAAGAUCAUAACAGAUACUUUUGAAAAGGCAUUGAAUGCUGGGUUCAUCCAGGCUACAGACUACGUGGAGCUCUGGCAGGCGUUUCUCGACUACCUGAGGCGCAGAGUCAAUUUUAGCCAAGAUUCCAGUAAAGAAUUGGAGGAGCUCAGAUCAGCUUACAGUCGUGGCGUGGAUUACUUGAAACAGGAUAUAGAGCAACGAUUCAGUGAGAGUGGGGACCCCUCGUGUACAAUUUUACAGAAUUGGGCAAGAAUUGAGGCAAGACUUUGUAAAAACAUGCAGAAAGCUCGGGAACUCUGGGAUAGAAUCAUGACCAAAGGAAAUGCAAAGUAUGCCAACAUGUGGCUGGAGUAUUUCAAUUUGGAGCGAGCUCAUGGUGACCCCCAGCACUGCAGGAAGGCUUUGCAUCGAGCAGUACAAUGUACCACUGACUAUCCUGAGCAUGUGUGUGAUGUGCUGCUCACCUUUGAGAGGGUAGAGGGGUCUUUGGAGGAUUGGGACCUAGCUGUAGAGAAGACUGAGACCAGAAUUAAUCAAGUUAAUGAGUGGAGAGCCAAAGCUGCAGAGAAAGAAGCCCUGCUGACAAAACAGGAAGAAGAGAAAAACAUGCAACGGAAGAAAGCCAGAUCUGAAAAGAAGGCUGCUAAAAAGGCCCAGAGACAGGCAACACCUGGAGAAAAACGCAAAGCAGAUGAGGAAGAAUGGGGUGACCAGUUAGACAAACCAAAUAAAAAGCCUCGAUCGGGGGACCCGGAAGAAAACGAGGAAGCUAUGGCAAUAGAAUGUGGCCUGUUUGGUCGUAAAAGCAAUGUAAACACUGUAGAAACUCCAGCACAACAAAAGCAAAAGGCGGUAGCUGCCACAAGGAACAAAGUUCUUCAUGAUAAUAGCAAGGAUGACCUCACUGUGUUUGUCAGCAAUCUCGCAUACUCGAUGCCUAAUCCUGAUGAGAGGAUGAAGGAGAUAUUUGAAAGCUUUGGCCAGAUCGCAGAUAUCCGCGCUGUUUACACCAACAGGGGACAUUUUCGAGGAUAUUGUUAUGUAGAGUUUAAAGAGAAGGCAGCAGCUGCAAACGCCUUAAAGCUGGACCGGCAGGAGUUGGAAGGCCGGCCAAUGUUUGUCUCACCUUGUGUUGACAAGGCAAAGAAUCCAGAAUUUAAGGUGUUUAGGUACAGCACCAGUUUGGAAAAACACAAGAUUUUUAUAUCAGGUUUGCCUUUCUCCUGCACUAGAGAGGACCUGGAGGACAUCUGCAAAGAGCACGGAACCCUGAAGGAGAUUCGUCUCGUCACUAAUCGCUCUGGAAAGCCAAAGGGUCUGGCAUAUGUUGAAUUUGAGAAUGAAACACAAGCCUCUCAGGCAGUUCUUAAGUUGGAUGGAACCUUACUUAAAGAUCACACGAUCAGUGUGGCCAUCAGUAAUCCUCCACAGAGAAAACAGACUACUAAAAUUGAUACUGGCAGAACUUCAGGCUCAUUGCUUCCUCGGCAGUUACAUGGAGCGAGGGGGAAAGGCCGGACACAGCUUGCACUUGUGCCUCGUGCUUUACAACGCUUGCCUGCACCAGGAACAAGUACUGAGAAUGGGACGCUGAGAGAUCAGGAUGGUAACGCGAAGGGCGAUUCCUCUCUAGCAGCAGAGACAAAAAAGAUGACAAAUGCAGACUUUGCAAAGAUGUUGUUGAAGAAAUAACUGUGAUAACAGCAUUUGGUGUUCAAAUGCUGAGAGUCUAGAAAAAAAUGUGAACUGCCUUUUCAGAAACCAUUUCACAUCAAGCAUGGACAGAAAUUCUGAUGAGCAUUGAACUGUAAAUAAUCUAAUUUUUUUAAAGGAAGUUUGACAAGUGUUAAAUAUAUUUGAUUGAAGCUCACACUGCUUUUUUGCCUCAGAAUUUUUAAGCAGUUGCUCUAUUGUAUUUAUAGAGGUUGGCUUGUAUGUUUAUUUACAAUAUGGUGUGUUUUGUAACUGCUACUUGGUUAGUUAAGUUGCAUUCUUUUUGCCUAAAACCGUACAAGUAUGUAGUAGGAUUUGGGGACCAUUUUAUGUUACUUUUGACCUCACCUUUUUAUAUUACUGGCUGUGUUUUUUUUUUGUUCCUGAUUAAAUGUUUUAUAUAAUUGCAUUGUCGUGUAACAUUGGCUAAAAGGGAAAUCUCACUGGUUUAAGGUGUGUUGGUGUGAUCUGUCAGGAACAAGAUAAAAAUCAAGAAGGAUAAGUAGUUUGUGAACUAGUGAAAUGGCAUAAUUUCUGGAUUUUGUGUCAACAUUAAACUUUCAGCUUUAUCAAAAGGAAGUUCAAUAUUCUGGUCCACAGGCAUCAACAGCAGUUUAAGACCAUCUGGUUCUCCUUAGCUGCAGAAGUAGUAUAUUCU